GAAUAACGCGUGAACGACGAAUUCGAUCUCAGUACAGUGUGCUGUAUUUUUAAUCUUUCAACACUCUUGCAUCAUAAAUCACAGAGAUGGGAAGAAGGAAGAAAGCCAACAAGCCACCACCGAAGCGUAAAGUUAUAGAACCUCUGGAUAUUUUGUUCAAUUGUCCGUUCUGCAACCACGAAAAAUCAUGUGAAGUGAAAAUGGAUCGUACCAGGAACACAGGGAUUAUCACCUGUAGAGUUUGUUUGGAGGACUUUCAGACAAACAUUAACUACCUUUCAGAACCAGUGGAUGUCUACAGUGAUUGGAUAGAUGCCUGUGAAUCAGCCAAUCAAUGACCCUGGCUUGAGACAUUUGUGACGUCUCUUUCAUGUGUAACUGGACAGAUCAUCUUGACAUAGGGUACAAGUGUUUGUUCAGUGAAGACAGGCAUGCUCUGACAGGCAUUAUGGAAUGGAGAAACAAGAAUCCAGAGAAAAGAUCAAACAUGGACUAUUUUCUAUUUCAUUGUUAUUCUGAAUAGUCUUUGAAUGGAUGGCUGCAGACUGCCAUGGUUUCACUUUCACUUGUCCCAAGGAAUAUGGAGGAUCUCCAUGUACUGGGAAUUGAUGGACUGUUUGCUGUAUAAGCUGAGGAGGAAUUCAUUGGGAUACUUCUGCUCAUAGUCACAUAAAAAUUCCCCCACAGAGGUUUGGUACGAGUCCAUCAAAUGCAUUGUUCACCUAUGAUUUAAACGCAUCGUAACAUUUGGUUCAUCAUUUUCGGUAUUCUUGUGGGGAAAAGCAUUUUUUUCUUAGGAUCAAUAAAGGUAAUGGGGAAUUUAACAACAUUGGUAUGUGAUAUGCAUGUACUGGUGGGGGGGGGGGGGGAUGUUAUGUUUAGAGAUGAAUUAAAUUACAAUUAUUAAACAAUUGCUUGUUCGUGGUAAGUCUUCUCCACCAGUGAUGGAUGAACAGAACAGACAUAAACAUUUUCAUAAAUUAUUCAACGCGAUUAUGGUUUCUUUCUAAGUUUAUUGAAGAUUUCAAAAGCUGUUUGGCUUUAAAACAUCUGCUGUUGUUUGCAUUUACUUGGUUUAGAGCCCUAUUAAUUUAUUUCUUACUUCAAUUUAUGCAUGAUUACUUAAUGCAUGUACAUUUGCCAUAUUCAGGUCCCAUUUCAUUUUGAACAUUGGUUUCCAAGAGAGAAAACUGUCAGCAAAUUUGAAUAAUCUACAUGAAGAUUUAAUAGGUAAUGUUAAGAGGGGAAGGAUAUAGUGUCAUCACAGGUUGACAAGCGAGGCUAACAAAGCUGAUACUCUUUAAAGUUUGACAGAUACCCCCCCUCUGAGAACAACAUUCAAACACAUUCUUUCGCAGAAUUGAUUUUAUUGUAAGAUUACAGGAAAUUAAUAUGUACAUGGAAUAUUUGUAUGACAUUAUGUGGUAAAAUUCAAGAAUAAAACUCAUGGACAUAAUGCAUUAAACAUACUCAUGAUCAUCUUAUAGUUUGUUUGUUUUUUGUAUUGUC